GUGCCACUAGGCCGGAACCGGCCUUUUCCCAGUACCGGCAAUCACCGACUGUCAACAAUUGCAUCGGUUGAGUCAAUGAGCACACGCGAUAAACCACGAUCGGAAAUAACGGCUUCUGAAGUGACAGAGAAGAAAAGGACUCCUUCUCAAACCACUUACGCGAGUGAGGAAAGAGACAAGGUGGACCCUAACUCACUCUCCUUGGUUUCUUCCCAAAUGAAGAAGCUCACUACGCAUGAUGACUUGAUAUCCGUUCUUUCAACAUCAACCACGAGAAGCAGGAGCCUCCGGUCUGCCAGAAGCCUAAGGGGUAGCAAGAAUCGGAACCCCACAGUCGCCGAUAUCUUAAAGGAACUCUCGCUGGAUGAGGCCAAGUAUAUGCGUGAGCUCAGAACCCUUGUUGGCGGUGUGAUCCCAGUGCUUCUUACUUGCGUUCUUUCUCGCUCGGACUCGGCUAUCGCUGCUGGCCUCUUCCGCCCUUCAGCGGACCCCAAGGAUGAGCUGACCUUUACCAAACCAAUUGUUAAUAUGGGGGUUGCCAUUGAGCGACUGAAAUUGUUACACAAGCGCAUCCCGCUUGAAGCUGCAGAUGGCUUACUUCAGUGGGCAAAUGGAGCUCAAAAGGUAUACCACGAAUAUCUGAAAGCUUGGAGAUUAGGGUUCAAGGAUGUGGUUGUUAAUCUGGCACCGCUGGAAGAUGGCGAAGAAACAAAAGACGCCGACACAAAGAGCCUCGAUGAUGGGAUGUCCAGAGACGAGAAUGGCGAUGUGGUGGAUGGGGACGGGCAAAAGGUUGAUGUUGCCUACCUGCUGAAGCGCCCUUUGGUACGUCUGAAAUACCUCGCAAAGACAUUCAAAGGUAUCAACAUGCUGGAGCCGUCCCCCAAGGCCGAAGAGGUCGCCAUGAACUAUCAGAACCUUGUGGUGGAGGCUCGCCGUCGUGCACGAGAGGAAAGGGCGAGACUUGAGGACGAGUCUGCUUCGGCUAUUGAUUCAAGUCGUGCCCGUGACCCUGAAACAUUGGGGGCUCUGACGGGUGUCACCGUCGAGAGGACUCGCAGAGUCCGUGCCCGUGAUUUCUUCAAUUUAUCUCUGUAUCAUUCGAGUGGGCAGGUCAUCGACUGUCGUGCAGAGAUUCUAUUCCGAGAUAACGCCGCAGAGCAUGGACCGGGAGGAGACUUACUUAUUUGUGAGAUCGACCAUGCAGACCGUUGGUUGCUCUUCCCACCCAUUGAUAUUGGAUGCGUUUCUGCCCGCAGUGGAGAUAAGAAGGGGGAACUGGUGGUCAUGAUCCGCAGCCCGCCAGCUCACGAAAGACGAUUCCAAGAGCUCCUCUCACUCCAGAUUGAUGAAUUUGAGGUGGGGAUGGAAUGGAUUCAAAUGCUGGGGAGGACACCAGUACCACCUGCCAUCUCUCGGUCCCAGAGCUUCAUUGAUCGUGCGAGGCAACGACAGCGUGCACAAACAGUCUCUUCUCCAAAUGAAGUUUCCCUCGCUCAACGAACCCCUCCUAGCCCAAGCAAUGUGGCCAUUCCUAUCGGAGAGAAGCCAACGUCAUCCCGUGCAUCGCGACGCUCCUGGGCUGCUAAGGAGGCCUGGUCAGAUCCUAGCACCCUUGAGUCUCUGGCAGCCACCGAAUCACAGAUUUCAUCGCAGACUGAUCUUACUCACGAAUCGGAUUACGACGCUACGGAGACAGAACUAUCCAAGGCUUCAUCUCAGGCCCAAUCCAUUCUUCAUUCCAGAGAUCCACGCAAGCUUGUUAUUGGCGAGGACAAGUCACCGCAGGGUCUCAAGCGCUCAGGCGCAAAGAGAAUUUCCAAAUACGGGGAGCUUGCGCCCCAAAGCCCUCUUUCGCCUACGGGACCUGUUCCAAGCGCAGCUGAUGCAACUCCUUCAACUCCUUCCCGGGAUCGUGAUGAGAUCCAGCACACUAAGCAAGCCGCACCUUCAUACAACGCAACCAAGGCUACACCGAAGACCUCCGCUCGGGAUGAUCCCGAAGAGAGCCCGCGGGUGUCGUCCGUGCCUUCGGCAGAUCUACCCUGCAUCCCGAAACUCCGUCAGGGCAGUAGUACAUCUUAUAUACCAGACCCUGAACCCGAGGAAGAAUAUGAUCUAGACUACGAUGAACUCCCAGAAACCCCAACAAAGAGAAGGACACACUCUCGCUCCGGGUCCGAAUCUGACGCGUCAAACGGAGAUGAGCCUCCACCGCCUCCUCCCCAUUCGCGCUCGCCCAGUUCCACCAGCUCCAGCACUCCGAUUCUCAGCCCAACUGCUGGACGAAUUAGGCGGCGGGGUUCUUCCCCCUUGAAACACGAAUAUGAGCCUUCCACAGCGUCAGAUUCUGAGUCUGAUUAUUCCGAGACUUCUACUGUCCGCCGUUAUGACAUGUAUUCCGACUCAGAUACCAUUACGGACAGUUCGGAUGAAGACUCGGAGGAUGAAAUCCCUUCGCGGGUGCGAUCAAAGGCAGCCCGCGGAGUCCCUAAGAUUGAGGAGCAAGAGUCAGACCUCUCGCCUGUUCCGAGUGCCUUGUCAUUAUCGAACUCGACACACCAAGCCGGCUAUCGAUCCGUUCCCUCUCAGCCAAGCAAGUCGUCCUUCGCAGUCGCCACGGUUUUCGCUUGGUCUGAUAAGGGUUCCUGGGAAACCAUCCUGCCAGAUGAAUGCAAAAUCAUUAUUAGCCCCGGGCUUGUUGAAGCCUAUGAAAUGAAAGAUGACCCGCUCGCAAACGGCAACGACGCGCCUUCCAAGAAUGUCCGCCCGAUUAUCGCCCUCGAGCUAACACCACUCGUCCCUAUACGCCGUGGGACGGCCAUUGACAUUAGCAUGCGCUCUCCUCCCACACCACGAUCCAAGGUUACUUGGAGUAACAACAUCAUGUUCCGCUCCCGGAACGCAGACGAAUGCGAAGCCCUAUACGGCCUGAUCAACCAAGCUCGCACCAACAACCCAACAUACAUCGCACUACAGAAUGCACGGGGACCCUUGGAUGAUCUCCACGAUCUCCCUGCUCCACUUGAGCGCGCUACCAAGAGCUCUAGUUUCUUCGGAUGGCCCCGCCGCAGAAAGAGCUACCGCGCCUCUGGCUCCCCGCGCUCCCUAGCAGACAACUCAGAAAGCAGCGUUGGCACAAUGAGCAGCGCCUUCUCGGCUCUCAAACGCUUCGGCGCAGGGAGCAAAAUGUUCAGCAUUUCCCGGUCCUCCGUCACAUCGCGCAGCCGUCAAAAGGACGGAGAAGGAGGAAGCCUAUUCUCAAGCUCUGCCGCUUCUGGUGCUGGAUCAAAUGGCGGCGGGAUCGGUAGGAUCGCAGCUGCGAUCAAGGGCGUCGAUGGAAUCGGUCUUUCAAACGCGAAGAUUCGGCUCUACGCCCGCGAAACCCAAUCAAAAUGGCGCGAUAUGGGCGCUGCCCGGCUAACAAUAAUGCCCGCACCCACACCCGCUCCUGAACCUCGCCGUCCAGACACAGCAACCACGGGAGGACCUGACGGAACCCCCGAAGACAUAAGCCCGCCGUCUUCCGGUGCAGCGUCGCCACAACGAGUUAUGGAAAGGCGCAAUGAGAAACGCAUCGUCAUCCGCGGCAAGACACGCGGUGAAGUCCUCCUUGACGUCUGCCUCGACGAAAGCUGCUUCGAACGUGUCGCGAGAACUGGAAUUGCUGUUUCUGUGCGUGAGGAGAACGAAGAUGGGCCCACUGUUGCCCAUAAGGGCGGUGUCACGAGUGGAAGUUCCCGUGUUUACAUGAUUCAGAUGAAGGGUGAGGCAGAGGCCGCUUAUACAUUUGGACUUGUUGGGAAGUUGAAGUAUUGACGGGAUUGACCAACCCUCUCUCCUCCCCUUUCUGGUGUUGUAUGAAAUUGUGGUGUUAUCUCUCUCUCUUUCCCCCCUUUUCUGGUUUUAUCUGGUCGUGUUGUAUUUGAGCAUCUGCAUUGCAUCCCGGUGGCUAUCUUAUUCCGGUUUAUCUUGGUUUCUUACCACCCCCCCGACCAACUUCAAUAUUUUCAUUUCAUGUCCGCAUCCGCCUAUAUACAUAACAUACCCCCCUACAGUCUUACUACAGUUUACUUAGCGCCCAACUCACUUACAUUGACGUUUGUUUACGCGAUACCGAUUCCCCUGUUUUUACGAUUUUCCCGACACAAUAUUAGCCUAGAUUAGAGAUAUUUAAGUUUAGCUUAAAUGCGUAUGAAACGUUCCUUCAUAUAUGAAAUAUUGAACCUUAAAUAGUGUCAUUUGCUAGUGAAAGUGCUAGUUUAACAUGUGAAUGAGAAUGUAUAUUUAAAUUAAGUACAUUCAA